AUGCGGGUCCAGGGAUGGGACCCCGUGUUGAUCAUUUCGCAGAUCAUCUGCCUCCAAGCCCUCCACUAUCUCACAAUGACCCUCAUCGUCCCCCCACUGCUCUCGCAGUUCACUUCGCCAUCGCUAUUGGAAUACAGCGGCGGCCCGCAAACAGUCGCGCACGUCAUGGACUGGCGUGAGAUGGCAGCCCGACCUGCAGUCAACACCCACACGGGAGAGGGCGCUUGGAAGCGAUUGCGCGGCGCAUGGGCCGGUGGCAAGAAGGUCGGGCAGAACAAGGAGGAUGACGGAAACCCCGAAGUGGAUGUGGGGCCCGAGCCGGAGGAGGGCUGGGACUAUGGAGUGGAUGACCGACGGGGUUGGCUUAUCGGUCUGGCGUGGAUUACGGCCGCUGCUGUGGACAUCGCACCACUCUACUACCUAAUCCGCCGACCGACUCACAUCCUCGACUUCAGCCUCACCCUCACCUUCAUCCACAUCAUCCUGACGACCUACUACGCAAAAUCGUUCCCCACCAGCUUCUUCUUCUGGGUCGUCCAGGCCCUGGGAUCGGUCCUGAUGAUUGUUGUUGGCGAGCAGCUAUGCGUCAAGCGCGAGAUGAACUCGGAGCUCGACAUUGGAUGGAACCCGCACGCCGAGGGCGAGGUGAUUGAACUUAACGAUAGAUAG